AUGCGAGCUCUCUGCAACCUCGCGGCUUUCGCCUUGUUCCUGUCGUGCCGAGCUAUUCCGACUGCAACGCCUGCAGAAGCGGCACGGGCUGUUUACUGCCUGUUGCAGAUCAACCCGACUCUCAGCUCGGACACCUCUCGCAACCAAGUUAUUGCCUUUUCAUGGAGCCACUGGACAGAGGAGGCGAACUGGUAUACUCAAGCAAGUCUGACAGCUUUUGACUACGAGAAUGUCGAUGUCCAACAUGACAUCGCAACCAGGAGCAUCUACGCAUCGACGCCGAGUGGAUCAUUGAAUCUCAACGUCACGGUGUAUCCCCAAAACAAUGCGGACAUUGCUUUCGAGAGCCUGGCCAUCGAAGGUGUCGUCACUUGCGAGUCGACCACGGUCGAGAUCGCAUCAAACGAUAUCGAAGCCUAUGGCGCUGCCUGUCAUGCGACCAAUGCUUAUCAAGCGACGAGCUUUCCCCUCUGUCAUCAGGACGCCAUCCGAUGCUAG